UCGACUUUUUUUUUACAAAUUUUAAACUAUUAAAUAUCUUUAAAAAAUGUCAUGGUGGAGUUAUUUUACAGGAAGGCCAUCAUUAAAACGUGAUCUUCCAAAGAACGCAAUCCUUAAUACGAAGGAAAUGAUAGAAACUUUAGAUAAAAAGGAAAAUCAUUGGAGAAAACAAAUAAUUGAACAAGAUAAUAUAGCUAAAGAAAAUGCAAAUAUUAAUAAAUCAGUUGCCAUGCAAGCUCUUAAAAGAAAAAAACUUCUUGAAAAUGAAAUAGAAAAACUUAUGGGAAUACGAAUAAACCUUGAACAAACGUUAUUUACUCUUGAAAAUGCGAAUAUAAACUACGAAAUAACAAAAGCAAUAAAACAAAGUACAUCUGCAAUGAAACAAAUAUCUAAGGGAAUAACACCUGAUAAAGUAGACUCUAUAAUGGAUGAUAUAAGAGAACAAAUAGAUCAUCACAAUGAAAUAGGCGAACUAAUAGCUCGACCUAUAGGAAUGUCAGAAACAUUUGAUGAAAAUGAGCUAAAUCAAGAACUCGAAAGAAUUCAACAAGAAGAAUUAGAUGAAAAAAUGCUUGGAGCGGAAAAACCGCCUACACAAUUACCUGGUUAUAAUACGGAAAAAUAUAAAAAAUUUAUUCAAGCAGAUAAUGACGAUGCAGAAAUUAAAGCCUUACAAGAAGAAAUGUCUGUAUAGUCUAUUAUUUUAAUACAAAAAUGAUUUGAAUUCUGAAUCUACUAAG